AUGAACAAAUAUUACAAACAUUUCAACAUUCACAACAAUUAGCAAGUGAACUUGCUGAAUUUCUUGAAAUGAUUCAACUGAUUAAAUUACUAGUUGAUAUAUAUGUUCCUAUAAUUUUUAUAGAUAACAAUAAUGAUGAUAUUUUAAUGGAUAGUCAUAGUGUAAACAAUGAAAGUGAAACAUCUGAAGAUUGUGAAAUUAAUUUGUCUACAGCAAUUAAUGAUGCCUCUUCUGAAAUACAAAAAAUAAGCAAACAAUUAGAAUAG